UAUCUCCUCUGCCAUCCCCCUCUGCAGCUCUACCCAAACUCCUAAGAGAAAAAAAAAUGUCACUCACUAUACCCACCAGCUUCACCAAACCCAUUACCAAACCCCAAUCCCCCUUCACCUCCAAACCCAUCUCCAAAUCCAUCCUCUGUUCAACCUCAGACCCAUCAUCACCACCUCCACCCCCUUCAUCACAACCCCUCAAAUCCUUCUCAGCAGCUUUAGCCCUCUCUUCAAUCCUUCUCUCUUCCACUGCCGCGGCGCCUCUCCCAGCUUCAGCCGACAUCGCCGGACUCACUCCAUGCAAGGAAUCCAAGCAAUUCGCAAAGCGGGAGAAGCAACAACUCAAAAAGCUUGAAACAUCCAUGAAACAGUAUGCCCCGGAUUCAGCUCCGGCACUGGCACUUAAGGCCACUAUGGAGAAGACCAAGCGUAGGUUUGACAAUUAUGGUAAACAGGGACUCUUGUGUGGAACAGAUGGGUUGCCUCACUUGAUUGUGAGUGGCGAUCAGAGACACUGGGGUGAGUUUAUUACACCAGGGAUCUUGUUCCUAUACAUCGCUGGGUGGAUCGGGUGGGUGGGUCGGAGCUACCUGAUUGCGAUCCGAGAUGAGAAGAAACCUACCCAAAAGGAGAUCAUCAUUGAUGUUCCCUUGGCGACGAGAUUGUUGUGGAGAGGGUUCAUCUGGCCUGUGGCUGCUUACAGAGAGUACUUGAAUGGUGACCUCGUCGUUGAUGAUGCUGACGUCACCGUUGUGUAAA